CGUCCGCUUUGGCUGGGAGGGACUCGGGUAGAGGACGAGCCGUUGGGAGGCGCAGGGGGGGCGCUGGCUUAGCCCUGCGGCCUCAGACUCGCGUUCUCACGGCAGACCGGGGAGCAGAGAGAAACAAAACAUUGCUGUGGAAGCCAAGUCUUAAUUAAGAUUUCGCUGCUUGAAGUUUUCUUGGGACGAGCUGGGGAGAAUUCGGGCCCUUGUCGCGGCACAAGGGUUGUCGGCGUGAUUUCGCUGCGACGAGGGGCGGCGGGGCGGGGCUGCUGGCGGUCUGACUCAGCUAGUGCUGACCGCAUCCUCGGCGGUCCUCGGCGGGUACAGUAGGGUCACCUGGGCUGCCCUUUCAAAGCACAGGUGUCCUGGGCCUGCGCCGGACCGAGCUUCAGCUUCACUUCCCUCACUGAUACAGCAUGGGGGAGAAGUCAGAAAACUGUAGUGUUCCAGAGGAUCUCUUCAAUGGUUUGAAAGUUACAGAUCCCCAGGAAGCAGAGUGUGCUAGUCCUCCAGUUUCUGAUCCCAAAGAUCACCAUCUUCACAACAAGCUGCUCAAAGAUGUUGAGGCUCAUUCUCAGGAAGAAGACCAGGGAGAAGAGUGUUUUCAUGACUCUAGUGCCUCAUUUGAAAAGGAGGAGCCAGGAGUGGACAAGGUUGAGAACAAACCUGAUGAUAAUGUGAAUUCCUCUGAACUUGAUGAAGAAUACCUAAUAGAACUGGAAAAAAACAUGCCAGAAGAGGAGAAACAGAAAAGAAGAGAAGAGAGCACUAGACUAAAGGAGGAGGGAAAUGUGCAGUUUAAAAAAGGAGAUUAUAUAGAAGCUGAGAGUUCUUAUAGUCAAGCCCUUCAGAUGUGCCCAUCUUGCUUCCAGAAAGACAGGUCUAUUCUGUUUUCAAAUAGAGCUGCUGCAAGGAUGAAACAGGACAAGAAAGAGAUGGCCAUCAGUGACUGCAACAAAGCAAUUCAGUUAAACCCCAACUAUAUCAGGGCAAUAUUGAGGAGAGCAGAGUUGUACGAAAAAACUGACAAGCUAGAUGAAGCCCUGGAGGACUAUAAAUCCAUAUUAGAAAAAGAUCCAUCAGUAUAUCAAGCAAGAGAAGCUUGCAUGAGAUUACCUAAGCAGAUUGAAGAACGUAAUGAAAGGCUAAAGGCAGAGAUGUUAGGUAAACUAAAAGAUCUUGGGAACUUGGUUCUUCGACCUUUUGGACUCUCCACCGAAAAUUUCCAGAUCAAACAGGAUUCCUCUACUGGUUCCUACUCCAUCAAUUUUGUUCAAAAUCCAAAUAAUAACAGAUAACAAAGUUCACAGUAGCUUUUAAAGCUGGCUUGGAGAUUUUGUGCUGCUCGCUAUUAGCAAGGGGGAAGGCCCUGCCAAUAUUUAACUUUCAAAAGCAUUUUAUCUCAAAGACAGGCUACCCACUAGGGCCCAGUUGCUCCCUUUUCCCUCUUGUUUUAUGGUCAGGGUGAAACACACUUCUGAUGUAAUAAGCCUAAUUGGAUUUCGAUGUCUGUGUGGCUGUUGCCCUUGGUUCUGGCUGUUCUUUGCUUUGUCCAGGAGGAAGCCUGCUUGUCAAAGCUGGUCUCCUCAAGCUUUCCACACUGGCCCAGGCAGAGUAUCUCCCGGCCUGAGCAAACUGCUGGUCAGAAACUGCCCAAACAUGAUUAAUGGGGUUCCCGCCUACUGUCCUCUCUCCCUGAGUACUCCCACUGCCCAGGUGGCCGGGCAUGGGCUCUGGCGUCUCCUGGUUUCCUCUGUGGUAAUAAACGCUUUCUGUGAUGGUC